AUGCAUGCCAUGCAAGACACGAAACACGGCCACGACAUGGGAAGUGCCAGUCCUAACGGCUAUGGCGACUCGAACGUGUAUGAUGGCUACCAGCCAACAUCCAGCAAACAGGAGAGUCCUGUGCUGAGUGACACGCUGGCUGUAGUAGGUGGAAUGUUGCUUCCGCUCUUGACACAGGUAUUUGGACAUGGCCAUUGA